AUGAACUUUUGGAGGUAUUCUCUUUUUGCCUUUACCGUGUUCAGCGUGGUCGUUUUUCUGAUCCUGUACCACAGCCAACUGAGCCUGCCAAAAAGUUACGAGAGGCUGAAUAUUUCAGGUGAAAAGUAUCUUAGAAUACAUGCCUGCGAUUCUGCCUUGGAGAAGAGGUUCACCUUUGCGUGGGGAAGGCCAUUAACAUCACCCGUGGGAAGAGUCCCUUGCGAGGACUACCUGACUCAGAGCCACUACAUCACAAACACUCUGUCCCAAGAAGAAGCUGCAUUCCCCUUGGCUUAUGUCAUGGUCAUCCAUAAGGAUUUCGCCACUUUUGAGAGGCUCUUCAGAUCUAUCUACAUGCCCCAGAAUGUCUACUGCGUGCAUGUGGAUGAGAAAGCCCCAGCUGAAUUUAAGGAAUCUGUGGGGCAAUUACUGAGUUGUUUCCAAAAUGCUUUUAUUGCUUCCAAGAUUGAGCCUGUGGUUUAUGCAGGAAUUUCUAGGCUCCAGGCUGACCUGAACUGCAUGAAGGAUCUGGUGGCCUCCAAGGUUCCCUGGAAAUACGUGAUUAACACCUGUGGCCAAGACUUUCCUCUGAAAACCAAUAGGGAGAUAAUUCAGCACCUGAAAGGGUUUAAAGGGAAAAAUAUUACCCCCGGGGUGCUGCCUCCUCAGCAUGCCAUUAAACGAACCAAGUAUGUUCACAGAGAACAUAUAGGCAAGGAUGGCUCUUUUGUGCAAAAUACUAAUAUUUUGAAAACUUCACCUCCACAUCAGAUGACCAUCUACUUUGGUACUGCCUAUGUAGCCCUUACCAGAGAGUUUGUUAAUUUUGUCUUUAAUGAUAAAAGGGCCAUUGACCUGCUCCAGUGGUCAAAAGAUACCUACAGUCCUGAUGAACAUUUCUGGGUGACACUCAAUAGAAUUCCAGAUGUCCCUGGCUCCAUGCCCAAUGCAUCAUGGCUUGGCAACCUCAGAGCUGUGAAGUGGCUAGACAUGGAAAAUCAGCAUGGAGGCUGCCAUGGUCACUAUGUCCAUGACAUUUGUAUCUAUGGAAAUGGAGACUUGAAGUGGCUAAUUGACUCACCCAGCCUGUUCGCUAAUAAGUUUGAGCUGAACACUUACCCCCUGACAGUGGAAUGCCUAGAACUGAGGCUUCGAGAAAGAACCCUAAAUCAGAGUGAAAUUGCAAUACAGCCCAGCUGGUAUUUCUGA